AUGGCGACUGUAUCAAAUGUGCCAACGGUCACCCGUAUACCUGAUCUCUGCACGACAAGGACUAAAACGAAAAAACAAAAUUCUACACCAAAAUACACAGAAUUGCAGUUAAAGGCGGCUUUGAAAGCAAUUCAGGAUGGAUCUCCAGUUGCUACUGUUGCCAAAAACUUUAACAUUCCCCGAACUACCCUGAGGUACAAGAAAAAUGGGAUUUUGAAGCCUGUGAUCCAGAGGAGAGGGACACCCUGCAUCCUAGGCGAAGACAUUGAAGCUCGACUAGUGGAGUGGAUCAUAGUGAUGAGUGCGCGAGGAUUUCCAGUUGGCAAAUAUCAGUUAUUAAAUAGUAUUAAAUCGUUGCUGAGGGAAAUGAAGAGAAGAGAAGAAGUUUUUACAAAAAAUACACCAGGACGUAGUUGGUACGACGGCUUCAAAGAACGACAUCCUGAGCUCUGUGAGAAAUUAUCUCAAAAUUUACAGUAUUCUCGAGCUUGUCUGAAUGAGGAAAGUAUUCGAACUUGGUUUAAAGAAGUUGAGGAGCAGUUUAAGGCAGAGGGUGUGUUGGACAUCGAUGCAUCAAGAGUAUUUAACUGUGAUAAGUCUUCGUUUCUGUUGGCUCCAAAAGCAGGGAAUGUUCUGGUAGAAAAAGGCGACAAAACAGCAUAUUCAUACGUUAAAAAUGACGACAAAGAAUGCCUCACAACUCUCUUCUGA